GAACAUGCUUCAACUUUUAAGCCACCAAAGCAAUUCACAAUACUUUGAAACUUCGAGAUCAUACAAUAAGUAUGAAAUAACAGCUGGCCUGACAUUUUAAAGGACUACUAGACGGAUUCAUAAUCCUUUUAGAUAACUUCAGGAAUCAAGGAGUUUGAAAGCACAUUAAUAUUUAGAGAUCGAUCAAAACGUCCAUUAUCGGCCGCCCUUCGUAUUCGCAACCUUACAACUCGACAACUUUAUCAGUCGCUAGCACACAAACUCAACCACCAAGAGAAGUGGUAUCUUCCUCUUCCAUAUCUAGCAAAUUGGCACAACUCUCACAAUGCCGGACGAAAAGCACAUCUACGAAUCUCUCCCCAUACCCACCUACUCCGAAGCUAUCGGCGAAUCCUCUCAGAGCUCAACACCCAUAACCCCCCGUUCCAAUUCCUCCAAUGAAACUGCACAUCCUGCCGAGAGAGAAGGUCUUUUGGGCCAUGAUAUCGGCGCCAGAAUUCCAGUUCCUACCCGCAGAGCCGGUUAUCGUCCUCCUCCCACUGAAGAUGGCAUUUCGAAUCGAGGCAGUACGGAACAAGAUACGUUUCUAAAUCAAAAUGGAGAACGCGAAAGUGAGGAUGAUGAUGAGGUGCGUAGAGAGAUGGAAGAAAUGGAAAUGCAGGAUCCGCAAACCGAACAAUCGACGUGGGGGAAACGAAUGUCGAGUCUUUCUGCAUCGUUAUCGUCGCGAAUACCUUGGAUACGGAGGAUUGGUUGGCCAAAAAUCGAUGCGAAUUUCUGUAUAGUGAUUGGAAGGAUUUUUGCAAUACUACUUGUUAUGGCAGUGGUUUAUCUGUUGUUUAUGAGUGAUCUGUUCUCGAAUGCGGCGAAUAGAAUUGGAGGACAGAUGUUCCCAGCGGAAAGUGUGAGGAUAUUCGUGCAGGAAAGUGUUUCGGAAGAGAGAAUCGUGAGAUGGAUGAAUAGGAUUACGGAGACGGAUCAUUUGGCGGGUACGGAGGGAGAUUAUAUUUUGGCAGAGAUUGUAGAGGAACUCAUGGUGAAGAAUGGAUUGGAGGACGUAAAGAUGGAUGAAUAUGGAGUGUACCUCAAUUAUCCAAAGGAGGGAGGAAGGAAAAUCGAAUUACUUGGGGAAGAUGGGAAUCCGAUUUGGCAGGCAAAGAUUGAUGAGCCGCAACUUUAUACAAAUCCACCGAGACAACAAACACCGGUUUUCCAUGGCCAUUCGAAAGCGGGAGAUGUUACAGGCCCAUUGCUAUACUGCAAUUAUGGUUCGCAAGCCGAUUACAAAACAUUUUACGAUGGUGGAAUUGAUACAAGAGGGGCAAUUGCUUUGGUCAGAUAUUAUGGUACGCAAGGAGACAGAGCUUUGAAGGUCAAGGCCGCGGAACCUUGGGGUUUCAAAGCUGUGAUAAUGUACAGUGACCCUGCAGAUGAUGGAUUUACUUUGGGUGAUACUGCCCCCAAUGGUAGAUACAUGCCCAAAGACGGAGUUCAACGAGGCGCAGUCAGCUUGAUGAGCUGGGUAGUUGGAGAUGUUCUUACACCUGGAUGGGCAAGCGUAAAAGGAGCGAAACGCGUAUCGAAAGAGAACAAUCCAGGAUUGACUAGUAUUCCUAGUAUUCCAAUCUCGUGGGGAGAUGCACAAAGGCUUUUACAAUCUAUUCAGGGAUUUGGAAUUGAAUGUCCUCCAGAAUGGAAGGGAGCAGUUCCUGAUGUUAAAUAUUGGUCUGGAAACCUUUCAACCCCCAAGGUCCAUCUUGUUAAUGAACAGGAUGAAGUUGAGGAACAACCUAUUUGGAAUGUUUUGGGGAAAAUUACCGGUGUUGAACAAAAAGAGAAAUCCGUCAUUGUUGGUAAUCAUCGUGAUGCUUGGGUUUUUGGUGCAACAGAUCCUGGUUCAGGCACAGCGGUAUUCCUUGAAGUUAUGCAUAUCUUUGGUGAUCUUGUUUCACGAGGUUGGCGCCCACAACGUACUAUCGAAUUUGCAUCUUGGGAUGGUGAGGAAUACAAUCUCAUCGGAUCUACGGAACAUGUUGAAAAGAACAUGGAGAAACUACGCAAAGAUGCAUUUGUUUACUUGAACGUCGAUGUAGCAGUUGGUGGCGAUACAUUCCGAGCAGCUGGAAGUCCGGUUUUCAAAAAAGCACUACUUAGAGUUCUAGAUCGUACAACUGAUCCUUAUAAGAAUGCAACCUUGAGACAACUUUGGGAUGAAAGGAAAGCUCAAUUAGAUGGUUUGGGUGCUGGAAGUGAUUAUGUUGCGUUUCAAGAUAUGGCAGGAACUUCUUCUUUGGAUUUCGGAUUCGAGGGGCCGGUUUAUCCAUAUCAUUCUGCGUAUGAUAAUUUUGAAUGGAUGGCCAGUCAAGGAGAUCCUGGUUUUCGAUACCAUAAACUUUUAGCUCAAGUAUGGGCCCUUCUUAUUCUUGAGUUUUGCGAUAGAGCAGUUCUGCCAUUUGAUAUUAGAGCAUAUUCCGCAUCAGUUACUAAAUGGGUAAUGGAAUUGGAAAAUUGGGCAGAAUCAAAAGGACCAAAUCAAGCUGGUAAUGUACCUUGGUCAACAGAACCGUUGAGGGAAGCGGCAUUACAGUUUGCGCAAGAUGCGAGACGAUUUGAAAAAUUUGAAUUGGAAUGGGAUGGAUUGGUAUUGGGAAGUGGAGGAUUUGAAAGCCCGGGAUUAGCAAGUCAUAGGAAGAGUCAUAAUACUCGAAUGGCAAAUUUCGAAACGCAUCUUUUGGAUUUGGAGGAGGGUGGUGGGAUUCCCAACAGAACACAAUUUAAACAUGUAAUCUUUGGCCCACAACUCUGGUCUGGAUAUGAUGAGGCAUUUUUCCCUGCUAUCCGCGAUGCAGUUGAAGUAGGAGAUUGGGGACUAGCGAAGAAAUUGGUGGAGAAGACAGCAAACAUUAUCAAAAAGGCUAGUAGGAAGAUGGCGGAUGGAAAAUAGGGGGUUAGGUGGGAAAAGGCUGGAAGGGGUUGAGUGGGAGAUACAAAUAUUAUAUCCAUGUUUGGAUUGAGAAUCAGGAAAAUGAUGAUUCGAGAUUCAAGAUUUCAGGAUUCGGAAUGGAAAACUUUGUGUAUGGUAUUUUCCCAUACAACGAGCGUUGGGGCGUUAUUUUGUGUUGUUUUUUGCCUUUGCUUUUUUUUGGUAUUGAAUCGUUUGCCAUCGUUGGAUGGGAUUGGAUUGGAUUGGCAAAGUAUAGGUGGAAGUAGAGGCGGAACAAUAAGCAGAGAAUUGGAAAUGUGAAAGGGCGUGGGCGUGUACAUUGCACAAGACAGGAUAGCGUCAGUUAUUUGUAUAGAUACCUACCUAUCUGUUGACUGGGUUGGGUGUUGUGAUGUGAAUCCGCUUGAAUAGGGUUGGAAAUCAAAUGAAGAAUAGGAAUAAGAAUAAGAAUAAGAAUAAGAGUUGUGGAUUGUAGUAGAGAAUAACAAUGAUGAAUAUUCA